AUGAAGAAAGUAAUCGUAUUGUCGAUUUCAGCAUCCGCAACCUGCAAGCUCAAUGCAGCUGUGAUCGAGGGUGUCACAAACUCUCACAAUAAGCUCAGAGCAAACGUUGCCAACCGGAAUCUGAAUGCGGCAAUUUUUGGAAGUAUGCCUGGAUCGAAAACUCUUUUCAAACUGAAGUAUGAUUGUACAAACGAAGGAUUUGCACAGGCCACCAUUGGAAACAAAUGCAAGCACUCUAGCAUCUACACGAACAGCAUUGGAAGAGCCGAAAACUUUAUUACAUAUAAACUGGAUAAGAAACCAGAUGUGAAUAAACAAAAGGAUCUUUUUGAAUUUGCGAUGAAAGACUGGAUGAAUACGGUGAAAAAACCUCUGAGCUCAGACGUGGUGUACACUGAUACUUCCAUAGAACCAUUUGCUAAUAUGAUCUACAACAAGACGCUCAGUUUUGGCUGCUCAUUUCUAUUCUGUAAGAAAACAAGCAAGGUUGCUCUUGCAUGCGUGUAUAGUAGCAGGCCAAAGAAAGGUGAACCGCUUUACUGGGCAGAUUCGAAAAAUAAUGCUGGAUGUCAAAAACCUGGACCCUGCAAGAAAAUUAUCAAAGGAACGGAUGUAAACUGCGAUACCACCUAUGGACUUUGUGAUCAAGAUCCCGCUACUACAACCACGACUUCUACUACUACUACUACUACUACUACUACUACUACUACUCCCCCACAAGAAGUUUAUUACAAUUAUGACGAAGACUAUUAUGAUGACGGAGAGGCUGAAAUCAUAGACGUACGUUGA